AUGGACAAAACGGAAUCAUCGGAAACACAUGUUCACAAAUCCGAAGAUCACGAUCACGAUCACAAAAAACAUUCCGAUGAAUCGGAACAAAAACUUCAUUCAUCGACGCCGGAAUCGGAAACCUCCGAGGUGAGCCUUGUUCAGGUGAUGGAAGCCGUCGACGAUUUCAUCCAAUCCCUUUCUACCGAGAAGAAUGAUCCUUUACAGGAGAUUCCACCGGCGGUGGAACCAUUCCCGGAGACGGUGGAUUCAUUGGUGUCAAAGAUGGAAUCUUCCGGGCUUGGACGAGACGAAACAGAGGACUCUGUAUUCAUCGACGCCGUUAACCGGAUUUCAAAAUCGGUUAUGAGAUUGAGAGAGCUUAAAUUAGAUUCAACUCCGGUUUCUUCUUGGUUAAACCGGGCAAGUUCGGUUCAGCACCGUGCUGUCUCUCUCCUCGACGAAGAGUUCCGUCAUCUUCUUGAUCGUUCCAGAGAAGAUAAUAAGAAGAAGAACAGAAACAACAACGAUGGGAACAGCUCCGAUCAUAACCAUUCUUCGGCAAACGAAUCCGACCGAUGCGCUUUACCGGACAAUGAUAAGGAGGCGGAGGAGGAAGAAAGCUUCCCGGAUUUUUCACCGGAAUCGAUCUCGACGUUGAAGAAGAUCGCCGGAGCGAUGAUCUUCGCCGGUUACGAAUCAGAGUGUUGUAUGUCGUACGAAAUGUCGAGACGGCACGCGUUCAAGGAGGAGCUGAGCGAGGUUGGAUUCGAAGGGAUCAACGUUGAAGACGUUCAGAGAAUAGCUUGGGAGUCUCUUGAAGGUGAGAUCGCUUCUUGGAUCUCAAUCGUUCGCCGUUGCUCCACGUUGCUUUUCCCCGGCGAGCUUUCUCUCUGCAACACCGUCUUCACUGAUGCCUCGAUCCGUAAACGCCUCUUCACCGGUUUGGUCUCCGCUGUUACAAUCCGGUUCCUAGAUUUCUCCGGUGCCGUGGUUCUUACGAAACGGUCCUCGGAGAAGCUUUUCAAGUUCCUAGACAUGUACGAGACGCUCCGUGACUUGAUCUCAGCGGUGGAACAAUCUGAUUCGGAUCUGAUCCAAGAGAUCAAAUUGGCUCAGACGAGGCUAGGUGAAGCAGCAGUGACUAUAUUCGGAGAGCUUGAGAAGUCGAUCAAGAGCGAUAACGGAAGAANUCAAUCAAAGCGAAUUAAAACUUGCAAUCAAACUAUAUUAAUCUUCUUGAUUGAUUUGGCAGUCAACCUCCGACUGAUCACUAACCGAAUCAAUUGUGAGAUAAAGUCUCAUUUACCAAUCAAAAUGAUAUUUUAA